AUGCCAUUUGGAAUGAGUUCUGCAAUCAAUCGUCAAACAGCUUUACAAGCAGCUCCGGUAAAUCAUCAGCAGACGCAGUAUAGCGGAAGAGGUAGAGGACGAUUCAAUCCUAUAGCUAGACCAGCGCCCGCCAUACCUAAUGGAUCUGCUCGUCGAUAUGGCAACAUAAAGCUCGUUAACAAUCCAUCAUCAAACAACAUCACCACUCCACCACCACCGACAGCAACGACAAUACAAGAUGGUGAUAUUGCUCUUGCUGCGGAUAGGCCUCAAUUCGUCAAGAAGGGGAAUAAGCUUGUUCGUGUUGGGAGUCAAGCUGAGGCUGACUUGACAAAGAAACCUCCCAAACCAAGCGUUCCCUCAUCUACUACCACCACUCACCAAAAACGCAAGAAGGCGUACAUACCCUCAGUAAACAGGACCCUCCUUAUCGUCGACGGCGUACAAUACUCAAAGAGCAAGGACGGAAUGAAACUCAUCAACAAGGAAGCUGCUAAAACAGCUGCAAAAACAAAAAGGAAUGUGAUGGCUCAAGUAUUGAAGCAGACUGCUCCAUCUAUAAAGAAGAUUACGGGAAGAACAGUCAUGAUUAGUGGAGUCGAGUUCGUGGUGGAUAAGAGUGGAACAAAGUUGAAACGAAAGAACUUGGUCACUGCAACUUCAUCUUCAUCAGCAAGACCACUCGCUCCAACGAAAACGCCUAAACGAGUCUUGUUGAAUGGUGCACCCUAUAAGAGAAGUAAAAGGGGGAAUCUGGUGUUGAAUGUCAAGGCUGCUAUGGCCUCUACUCAUCCCAAGCAAGUUUCCAAGCUUACAAAUUUCGAGCUCGUGAGGGUUUCUGACGCUUUGAAAAUCUUUAGUCCCAAGAGAUUCAAAUCUCACAACAAGACACUCAAACCAAAAGCUCCUUGUGUAUUCUACUCCAGAUUCGGCAAAUGCAAAAACAAUCCAUGUCGAUUUGAACACUCAGUCCAACGACUACGCAUGUGUCCUGACUAUUUGAAAGGCACACCAUGCAAAGAAGACCCAUGUCCGCUAUCACACACUCCAUCACCUCAAAAAGUGCCACUAUGCUUAUUCUUUGAACGUGAUCGAUGUGUACGAGACAAUUGUCCCUUCCUACACGUCAUAUUACCACCAGAUGCACCUAUAUGCCCAGAUUUUGCCAAUAAAGCAUGGUGUGAUAAGGGUGCGACUUGUGAUAAACGUCAUGAAUUCAAGUGUCCCGAGUUUACUGCUUCUGGAACAUGUAGUAAUCCUCGUUGUCGUCUACCUCAUAUCAAGAAAAAGACGGAAAACAUUGCUAAGAAACGAAGUGUGAGACGUGAUGAAGAAGAAGACGAAAAACAUCGACGUAUGUGGGCUCGUAUGUCGGAUUCAGAUGAUGAGGACGAAUUGGCUCAAAUGCAAAUCGUGCCUCAUUUUGAUGAUGAUGAGGAAGUAGUGCAACCUAUAGGUGAUGAGCAUGAUGAGUCUGGUGAUGAGGAUGAGGAUGAAGACGAGGAUGAUGAGGAUGAGAGUGAUGAAGACUCAUCUUCAAGUGAGGAUGAAGAAAGUUAUGUGGCUGAAGAAGACUCUGGUCAGAAUAAUGAGCCAGAGUAUGAGGAAGAGGAAGGAGAGGGUGCGAGUCACGAAGCAGAAGAAGAUAGUAAUGGUGAGCCACGUAUAGAUAUAGUGGUUGAGAAUCAAGACGAGCAAGAGGAGCAAGACGAGCAAGAAGAGCUUGGUAUGUGA